AUGGUACUGGCUCCCGCAGACAGAGAUGUUACUUGUCUUCUUUUUGCUACAGCUAGUUCCUUUUACAACUCGGUUUGUGACAAGUUUCCCCCGCGAAUUGUCACAAAAUGUAAUGUACAUUUACGACCUAUUGAAUUUAAUUUGAGUGAAGAAGGCCGUGAAUCGAUGAGCUCUCCCAUUUACAACUCCGAAUGGACAUCAACUGAACCUAUUUGGUCACUCUGUUUUAAUUCUCACCAUAUGAAAGUAAAAAAAUCAUUUUUAAAAUUUAGAUUAUUUUAG